AUGGAGAGGAUUCAUCUGCACACAUUACAGCAACUUGAAAUUGAGUUGUCUGAGGCAAGAGAAAGAAAUGGCACUAUCUCAAAUGGGCCCCGCACGACUCAUGUAAAGGAUGUAUCUCCAUUUGUCCAUAACAAUGGAAGCAGCCCUUCUGGCGAUUCUAGGGGUGUCCAAAAUGGGGAUGCAGAAGUUGUCUCUUCACAGAAUGAAAAUGUUCCUGCUGUUCAAGUUGCUCCUCAGUCAAUGCAUGGAAUGCCAGCUUUCUUUUCACCUGGACAGCUGGCACCUCUGCAUCCAUAUAUUCUACACCAUCCUCAAAAUGUGAAUUCACAUCUUGUUCAGUCUCAUGUUGGCCAGUUCCAUUCUGUCCCCACGUGGCAGAAUCAACAGGCUAUCUCAGAAAGUUUACAAAUCCCAAUUCAUGAACAGUAUUCCUCCCAAAAUGAUCAAAAUUCAUUGUCUGUAAAUGAGCAAUCACAGCAGAGCUUGCAGCAAAUCUCAUCUCAGUUUCAUGAGUCUUUAAGGUUGAAUGAUUCUGACAAUGACAAUAUACACCAGGUAAAGAAUGCAAGUUUUUUGUCUAAUCAUGGAACUGAAGGUCAAAGUCCACCUACAGAACAGCUUGGUUCUGCUAACAUUGCAUCUGAAGUGAUUCAGUCAAUAAAUAAUGUCACUAGUGCCCCCACUGCUGCUUCUGAAACAAAAAAGGGUCUUUUUGAUGAAGAAACAUUGUUGGCUUGUGUUGUGCGUACAAUUCCACCUGCUCCUGGAGGAAGAAUACAAAUCAGCUCUACGCUGUUGAGCAGACUGACAAAAAUGCUUGCACCUCUUCGUUGGUCUGAUUAUGAGAACAGGCAUGGAAAGCUGGUUGCCUUUCUGGGAAGUCAUCCUGAAUUGUUUGUGAUUGAAGGGGAUUAUAUUCAGGUGAGGGAGGGUGCACAGGAAAUCAUUGCGGCUAUGGUGGCUCAUGCGAAAGUGCGUGCGGCUGCUGUUGCUGACUCAGCAACCUCUUCGAAUCUGUCACUGCUGUCUUCUGUUGCUGUGACGCCCAUGGCAAGAACCCGAUUGAAGAAGGGCCCACUGCCAGCUGUCACCUCCAGUUACGGAGGAAAUGCUAAUGGUGUUGGUGUAAGACUUGUCACCAAACAGAACGAUCAAAUGAGACAAAACGGGAGGCCCACAGCUACAACCACUCCAAAUUACAAUGGGAAACAGCAGCAGCAGGGGGGCAGGAGUCGAGGAAGCUUUCAAAUGUAA